CAGCAGCCUGCGACCCGAGGGCAGAGGGGAAGGAAGGGGGCGGGCAGUUUUUAAAAAGGUCAGAGGCGAUGAAUGGUAGAGGAGAUACAACAAGUUAGACCGCAACACAAGAUGAGACUUUAUAUCCAUCUCGAUGUCUCAAAGCUGACCCUACUCUCCCUCGCCCUCCUCUGCCCUGUCCCACGGAAUGUCACAUCUUACCCACACUCCCCCACCGCCCUCCUGCCCAGUGGGGACAGAGCUGAGCUGGAGUCUUCCCUGCUGCUCCUCCAGUCUGCAGUAAAUGACCCUUGGGCUGAGUGGCCCCAAGACCCCCAGCUGGCCCUGCUGAAGCCCAAAGAGGAGAAGGAGGAGAGGUCCUGGGAAGAAGAGGCCCUGCUGAGGGCCCAGAGAGGAGACCUGGUACCCCAGCCACUGUCACCCUUCCCUGGGGGUCACUCUAGGGACAUCAUGAUCUAUCAGGGGGAAGGAGAAGGAGAGGAUGGAGGGAAAAGGAACGAAGAUCUGACCUCUAUUAUCGGGGGCCUCCAAGCUGUCAGUCGGGAGAAAGGAGGAUUCGGAUUCCGCUUUGGGAGGAAAAGAUGGACUGACAGGAGAUGGAUGGACUAAGGGAGGGGGGAGUACGGAGGAGAAUAAGUGGAACUGAUGAGGGAGACAUGGGAGAAAAAGAGGGUGAAGCUGUGAGGAGAUGAUUCAAUAAACAGGCUUCUUUCCAUAUGAGGGUGGUAAUACACUCAGCAAUUUCCUAGGCAAGAUGCACUGUUAAAUGAUUCAUGGCAACCAAAUGUUAGUGUAGAAAUUGCUCAGUGGAUCACUGCCUUUAAAAAAACAAGGUUUAACACAAGUUGCAUUUAAGUCUGAGGAAAUAUUCAACAGAACAGGAGGAGGAAAACAAACAUGUUAUUUGAUGCCUCCAUCAGCAUGACACAUUAUCUGAAUUUGAUAACUACACAAGAAACAAGAAAUAUAAAUGCAUGAAAGGUAAUGUGUCUGGAUUCAACAGCAAUAGAAAAUGUUCUAUCAAUGUUUUCCUCAUCUUUGUCUCAAAGAAAGCAGUGAGAGACUUCUUCUUUAGUGACAGACUGUAGAGAAAAAGAUGACAUGGCAGCAAAUGUUAAAGCUUCUCUGCAAAAGUGAAUGUAAUGUAUUUUUGUCAAAUCCAAAGUCCAACAGAAUUAUAAUAGCUGUACAUAGAU